AUGCCUUCACUAAAGGAUCUCAAUUGCGCCAUCGAGCUAUCCGGGAGUCAACAAGCAUUGCGAGAGUUCGGCACCAUAUACGGCGACGGCUUCGUAGAGACUUUCGUCCCCGUACCCAGCAAGCCACAGUCUUUCUCAAUCCACCUCACCUCCAACAAGUUCAUCGCUCCGGGCGUCGCCAUCUUCGUCUACGUCGACGGCGUUUACCAGUGCAACCGCAAUAGGCAGGACCUGAAGCUACGGAAGCCUUCCGAUAGUCGCUCUCUUGUGGACUUCCGCGUAAGGCAGAAGGAAGAGAGGCAGAAAGAUGGGUCGAUGAUCGCGAGGGAGUGGGCUUUUGAUAAGCUUAAUAUUGCUUCAGCGGACGAUGCACCGAAUAUAUGCUCGCCGAACAUCCUCGACAACAUAGGCUGCAUUGAGGUCAUUGUCUUACGAUGCGCUGGUACGCGCAAUGCCAAAUCUGCUUCGACGAUGAACUUUGAUGGAGCAGGAGACUACCUCGAUCAUCGGUCUGGCUUAGACGAUAGCUCAUCGCCAUCUAACGAAAGGUCCAUGUACGAUGAUCGCGGCCCCUUCUUCAGCAACUUGGGCAAUGGCCAUGGUCCACCGCCGCCUCUCCCGUCUUAUCGCUCGCCAUAUGCCGAAACGUCACGGCAGCCUAGUGCCCACGCUGGUCCACCCGUUCCGGUAAUGCCUACGCCAGAGUGGGGUGUUGCUGUUCACGAGGCGAUGAGGAAGUCUAGCAAUGUUCCGAGCAACAUGUUCCCGGCCCCGUACGCACCAUCGAUGAGAGACUUUGUCCAGAGCACAGCGGGUGAGAAACUAGGAGGUAACCAGCCACCUUCGGCUGUAUCUUGGGGCAGUGGUAAGAAAGAUAACACUGUCAAGUCUUCUUGGGGCAGGGAAAUCAAGAAGGAUACCGGUUGGGGUAACAACAGCGACAGCGGGUGGCAAGAAAACAACACCGAGAAGGACGACAAGAAGGGUUGGUACUCAACCGAUGAUGAUCAGGCCGGAGGCUGGAACGAGGCCGAUGGCAACAAGAAGACCCUAGCUGAUGAUGGCGGCUGGAACACGAAACAGACCGGUUGGGAUAACCCCCAAUCCUCACCAAAACAAGAGCGAGUUGACAAGAUGAACGAGUGGGCCGGUCUCAAAUCCGCCUUGACAUCCGCUUUUGCCAACCCACCAGUACCAGCACCAGCACCGGAAGUUCCCUGGCGAAACGAAACAUGGGAUUUUCCCGUCGACAACGCCGUACAGCCCGCUAUCACACCUUUUGCUUCCGCUCCGGUACCACCUGUACCUGAUAGGAUCAAUCCACCCAACCGACGCAUGAGCAACAAAACGCUGUCAAGAUACCGUCCUAAUCAUAACUUCCCCUCCCGCAUCGUUCCCAAACCCACACCAAACUUCACGGCGCAACCACACUGGCAGUUCCCCCCUCCUCCUUCUACAUCCACACCUAAGAACGUCCUGCACGCCUCCUCUCCGAACGAUACGUACAUUGCACCAGCCGAACCGCGCCUCACUAUCGACCAGAAGACUGCUAGUACAAAGGGUAUCGGACACGCCGUUCGCGCAGGCAAAGCGACAGAAUACGGUCAUGUCGUCGGACGACCUGAGUAUUUAGAUCGUCUGGAGAAGCCGUAUGCGGUGUUCCGAUUCAAGUAUCGGAGUGAGGGGGUCCUGAAAGGACUGGGUGUACUUGGGGAGGGUGAUGUAAAGCAUCUUGAACAUGAGAAAAAGGAGAAACAGGAGGCAGAGAAGUUGAAAGGCAUACCGCAGGAGGAGCUCAUUGAAAAGAUGUUGGCUUUGGAGAGGAAGUUGAAAGGUAAAGAUAAUGGGGAGGGUACUACGGUUGCGGGUGAUGGUGGGAACGAGAGGAAACACAGUAAGACUCACGCCGACAAAGAGAAGCAGAAACAGAAACAGAGGAGGCACAGUGAGAAAACGGAUGCGCGUGGUGAUGGCAGGGUGAAGGACUUCACGGAACAAUGGGUUGAGCGGCAUUCGAGGGAUCCGAGUGUCAAGGCGAAGUGUGUGGUUGCUAAGGAGGUGGGUUGGGAGGGAGAUAAAGAGAGGAAGGAGAAGGAAGUAGUGGGAACGUGGGGACAGGACGCGGAUGAGGGAUGGGGAGGUGGAGAUGUGAAAUGGUAG